GGCAACAAUACCAGUUUAAACUUGCUCAGGUUAGUUGGAGACAAAAAGCUUUCUCUCAGUUUGCAUUCUAAGGUUGCAAAGCGGUGUAAUGUGACAGAAGAAAAAGCCUGGAGUGAAUUCCUGUUCAAACGUUGCUAGGGAUAGGAAAAUAGAGAGCAGUCGACAGAGCCAGACGAACGAGAGGGCAGUCUUGUCUUCAGAUGGUGCUAAUGACUGAUCAACCACAUGAGGGGGAAGAACUAAAACCUGUCAGGGUGAUCAGUAAAAAAGAAAACAAAGCUACUUUGACCCACUCAGAGAGUGAAAAUGGAACAGAAGAAAAAAGAAAGAGUGGAAAGCUGUCUACUGUGGUGACACAGACACCAUCGACUGAUACAGAAUAUCUUGAAGACCAUAAGAAAACUGCAGCUUCACGGUCAAAGACAAUUGUGGAUAAUACUAUUUUGGCAGCAGAUGGCAAGAAUGACUCAAAGCUAGAAAGGAAGAAGCAUGCUUCAAAUAAGUUUAAGUCCAAUGCUCACUUUCACAAGUUGUUUCUGGAUGUCCCAAUCGAUGAGCCCUUGAGACAAAGCUUCACCUGUGCCUUGCAGAAAGAAAUUGUGUACCAAGGGAAGCUAUUCAUAUCAGAAAACUGGAUUUGUUUCCAUUCUAAGGUCUUUGGCAAAGACACUAAGAUUACUAUACCUGUGCCCUCAGUAACCUUAUUAAAGAAAACUAAAACUGCCAUUCUAGUGCCAAAUGCCCUGGUUGUAUCAACAGUCUCUGAUAGGUACAUAUUCAUCUCCUUUCUCUCCAGAGACACAGCUUACAAACUAUUAAAAUCUGUUUGCCAGCACUUAGAGGAUGUGAGUGUUGGCAACAGUCCCAAUCCUUCGUCUCCAGAAAACAGCUUCAGAGCUGAUCGCCCUACAACCUUACCUUUGGGCUUGAGUGAAGAUUAUUCUGAACUGGAUGGCAUCAUUCGGCAGCGGAGGCAGGAAAUGGAAGAAUCUAGCAGCACUGGUUCUCAGACUCCAGAACUGGAACAUUUUCAAGAUUACCUUGCUGUUGACACCAAGACUCAUCUGAAAGCAUCCAAGGUAGAGGCAUCACCUGCCCAUGCAGACGUACACUCAAAAUGCUUGUGCGAUGGUAAACUCAAGAAUGUUUCUUGCAACGUUACUCCUAGAAUCCUUGGUUUCUUCUACAGAACGAAUUACCAAAAGCUUCUAUCUGUGAACCACAUACUUGUUUUAUAUGCAAUUCUUGUCUGUAUACUAAUUUUCUCUACAUUCUACAUGAGAUAUAAAAUCCACAUUCUGGAGGAGCAACUUGGUUCCAUGGCAUCCUUUGAGGAUUCGCAUAUUAAUGAACAUCCAAUGCAAGAAGACUUGGAAUCUCAUCUGCAUCUUAAUGUGGCUGGUCUCUGUGAGGAGCUAAUGGCUAAUCUUAUCAAAUUGGAAAAGAUACAGAGAAAUUUACAGAGACUUCUUGAAGAUAGUAGAUGAAUUGCCAGUCCCUUGGGGCUACUUCAUACCUCAUUGUGCUCCUGAUAAGCAAUUCCAAAUAUGACAUGAAGCUCUGCAGGCCAGAGUGGGUGUCAUUCCACUGAAUCCAAAGCCAGAGUUUUAUUGUUUGCUGCUCUUGUACUCAGCAAUGAGAGUUUGUAUCUGUGCAAUAAAGUGUGUCUAUUCAAAGGAAGCCUUUCUGUUAUCUAUAAUGAUGUGAAUAACUGACAAGACUGCAUUUGGCACUUUGCUAUAUUGCUAAAUCUACAUAAUUCCAUUUAAAUUGUGUGUGAUUUUCUGUCUUAAAAUGGUGCGACUAUGAACAGUGCUUGGCCUUUGAUGUAUAAUUUGCUGAAAAGCUGGGUGACUUUCAGAUGCUUAUCUUUGAUGGCACACAUCCAUUUGUUUUAUUUCCUUUCCUACUCAGAUGUAGAUAUUUGGGCAUAUGUCUAAGAUACAACCAGCUGGGCCCACUGGACUUUACUCUGCAAGCAACUGAAUGAUCUCUGUUUCCUUUGGAUCAUGUUCCUGAAACUCCAUACUCAGUUGCCAAGUAGCCCAGUUCUGCACUCUAGACUUCUGUAAAGGAAACAUUUUGACUUUUUUCCUAAAAAUCUCCAUGCCACAAAAAACUUCAGCUUUUAAAGAACAGAACAUUAAAAUAUUACCUCCACAAGUUUUUUUAGUUAAACUGAUUUCUAUAGUAAACAAAUUGUAGUUGAAAAACUUUUACCAUAAUGUAGACAGGAAAGUGAAUGGUCUGUGGAUUGCUCAAAGGCUGACAAUUCACAAGCUACUUAAGUGUGGUGGUGAUCAUGACUCAUUGGUAGAACAUCUGAUAUGCAUGUCCAAUGUCUCAGUUUCAAUCCCAGAAUUUCCAGUUCAAAGGAUCAGGUGACAGCGGAUUUGAAAGACCUAAACCUGAAACCCUAAAGAACUGCUGCUAGUCUGAGUAGACAACGCUGACCUUGAUGGACCGAUGGUCUAUAAGGUAGCUUCAUAUGUUCGAUUGUACUUUGAUUUAAAUGAGUUUAGUACCCUACAAAGUUUAUUUAAAUUUAGGUACGUGUCUUUGGGGUUUGCAACUUAUAUCAGUUUUUCAUUGCAAUUUUAAUUGUGUAAUUUUUGGUCACUCUAUUGGGAGUGGUGCAGAUUCUAAACAAAUUAUGUAGCAGAAACCAGUAGCUCAAUGAUGUUUUAAGAAUAUCAACAACUCAUCUUCUGAUACAUAUUUGUGGAUUGGAUUAUAUACUACCUUGAACUGAACAAGUUUGUGGAAGUGAGUUUUGUUACCUCCUUCCCCACUGCAGCUCUCUGAGCUUCCUGCAAAGCUACUCCUUAGGACUGGGGGACCAUUGGAAAUUCUCUGAUAUGUAGCAUGUGGAACUGGAAGUAGAAGAGGGAAUGAACAGAAAUCACCUCUUCCCACUCUUAGCAUGAUCUCCAUGGUUCAUAUGAGAAGAGCAGGAGGAGAAAAACACAAAAUUCUCCCUUCUAACUGCAGAUUCCUAAUGCCACAUCCCACGGUCUGGCCAUUAGGAACACCUUUUAGUGAAGUGAGGGAAAUGGCAAAAACAACUGUGAAAGACUCCUUUCAUGCUAGUAUAGGAUCCAAUCCUUUCCCACAGUGCCUUACCAAAGCACAUGCUGGUGAUCUAAUUCUUGUU